GGUUCCUAAUCCACCAAAAGGCGCAACACGUCCGCUAUGUUUGCUACCGCGUCCGCCAUGGCCGACGAAGGUGGUUCGGGCUUUGACAAUUUGUCCGAGAGGGCGAUGAUUCUCUCUCGAGUUUUAGAGCGUCAAACUCGUAAGCACACUAUCACAAGGCGGGUCAGCCUACAGCCGAUUCAGUUGCCAUCAUCUGUAACUGCGCCAAAAGAGAAGGCUUCGUCCGUCGUCACUCCAGUGUUGACCACGACCUCCAUAAUACCCGACCCAGCACCGGUCCGGACGCUAUCCCGCGGCUGUGGCACGAACAACAACGUAGCUGUGACACGACGAGGCGGCAUUUGGUCGUACCGCCAGCGACUCUGGAGGCUCUUUCACGACGCCACGUCAUCACUCGAGGCCAAAUACUUGUCCAUAUUUAUCCUGACUGCGGUCGCCGUAUCCAUCAUUGUGUAUAUUAUUCAAAGCCAGCCUGACUUGUCGUCGCCAGUUCGGGAUGUCUUGACUGAAAUCGAGCACACGUGCAUUUACAUCUUCUCGUUGGACUUUUCGAUUCGGCUGGUCUGCACCCCACACUUGAAGGCGUUCCUACUCGAUGCAUUCAACUGGGUCGACUUUGUGUCUGUGCUGCCGUUCUACCUGGAAUUCGUGGUCGACAUGAAGAACAGCUCGUCGGCGUCGUCGCUGAGUGCAAUCCGCACCCUGCGCCUUCUCCGAGUGGCAAGGAUCCUCAAGUUGUCUAGGUAUACGUCGUCUCUUCAGAUCUUCGUCAAGUCGCUUGCCUUGAGCGCCACACCGCUCUUCAUGCUUGUGUUCCUCAUGUGUUUGGCAACGAUUUUGUUUUCGAGUGCCAUGUACUUUGCCGAAAUGACCGACUCUGCGUGUCGGAGUCCCCUGUACUCGAAAACGUGCCAUCCCAACGUGAACCCCCUGGACGACUGCUGCGACCUCAAUCCUUUCAAUAGCAUUCCGGCCACAUUUUGGUGGGCGCUGGUGUCCAUGACGACGGUUGGGUACGGCGACGAGGUGCCCGUGACACCCGUGGGCAAGUUCAUCGCGUCCAUCACGAUGUUUGCCGGGAUGCUCAUAUUGGCACUGCCGAUCAGCGUCAUUGGGUCCAACUUCCAGCGCGUGAUGAAGGAGGUGGCCCAAGACACGCUCAAGAAGAACAUUGAAGUGGUCGCCAACCUCGACGUCAUUCGACGGAUGGAAAUGGUUGACGUGCUUCGAGGGUUUGAAAUCAUUGGCGACCACAUCGACAUUGACCCGGACGAACUCAUUGCGCUGUACGACAUGAACCAAUCCGGGGCGCUCGAAACCGAAGAACUGGAUAAUUUUCGCCACGACUUGGCCGACCUGCAGCGUGUGAUCCGUACCCACCAAUCGCACCUCGUGAGCCCCGAGCGCGCCAAGAGAGUGGAGCGGCUGUCAUUUGGCGGGAGCUUUAAGACCGCCGACCCCAGCGACCAGCAGCUGCAACUGAUCGAGCAAAUGAUCGAAACGCGGCUGCUCGAGUCCGAAGUCCGCAUGGAGGCCAAGAUCACCCUCCUCUCCAAGGCCCUACUGCGUCUCCAAGGCCAGCUUGAACUCAUGGGCGAUUGAUUGAACCUAGCCUGCGGGGAUCACGUUCGAACGGAAUUGUAUCCGAUGCAAGCACAUCCAUAUCACGAUCCCAUUACCAACUACUCAUCAAAGGCAUACGCUCCUACACGGAGGUCCGUCGCUAUGUCGACCAACUUUCCGCCUUAGUGAAUAUUGGGGCAUGAUUGCCUGGUAUGUGGGGAUGCCACGAUGAUCAACGAGGAGCAAGACUUAUCCAAAUUCCAGAUCUAUCAUGUUGUCCAACUACUUUUGAUUCUGGCUACGACGACGACGGACUGCAGCUACAUACGCAUUCGCCUUGACAUAUGCAAAAGUGACACCGAGCGAGCACCGUGAACCCAAUCGUGGUCUUCCAAUGCGGCGGCCACCUAACAUGAUCAUAAGUGCCAACCCAAGAUCGAU